AAUAAACUUGAAUAUGUCUUCAUCGGCAUCGGCGAGUGCGAAUUGUGGUAGAAGACAAGAUUCGACUUGGAAGUACACUUCUCUUGUUGAGGAAGGGAAUUCCAACAAGCACAAGUGCAUUUAUUGUAAUAAGAUCACCAAUGACGGCAUAUCAAGGCAAAAGGAGCAUCUUAUUGGAACGACGAGGAAACGUAAAAAUGUUUCCCUUUGCAAUAAAGUUCCUUCGAAUGUGGUUGAUAAGCUUAAGGAAUAUGACAAAAAACAAGCAAUUAUUAGAAGACAACAAGCAGUGGAAAAUUACAUGCCGGAUCUUGAAGAUGAUGACAUGGUUGAAAUAGAUGAAGUUGACGAGGUUGAAGAACAAGCACAAGCAACUAGGAACAAGAGAAAGGAGCAAUUGACUUCUACUUCUAAAUCAUCUUCCUUAUCUACAAGAGGAAGGGGAAGUGUGGGAUCUUCAACAAAGAGGAAGGGGCCUAUGGAUUCAUUUCUCUCAUUUGACCCAGAACUGGAGGUAGCCAAAGAUGAUAGAAGGCGAAAAUUACGGCAAACAAGCAUUGAAGAAGGACUCAACAAAGAUGCAGUUGCUAAAGUGCAUCAAGAUAUUGCCCGUUGGUGGUAUCAAGCGGGAAUUUCUUUUAAUGCCGUACAACUUAGGUCCUUUAGAAUUAUGUUGAAGUCAGUAGGGGCUUUUGGGCCUAACUUGUCACCUUCAACAUUCCAUCAAUUACGAGAGUCAUUGCUUAAGAAGGAGAAGAAGUACACUGAAGAUCUCAUGCAACCUCAUAAGGAGGUUUGGGCCAAAAAAGGAUGCUCUUUUAUGUCGGAUGGUUGGACUGAUCGGAAGGAAAGGACUUUGAUAAAUUUUCUUGUGAACUCUCCUCACGGAACAAUAUUUCUUUCCUCUAUUGAUGCUUCCGAUGAGAUCAAGACUGGUGCGAGGAUGUUUGAGAUCUUAAAUGAGGAGAUUAAGAAGAUAGGGCCAGAGAAUGUUGUGCAAAUUGUGACAGAUAAUCAUGCUAGUCUCAAAUUAGCCGGUAAAUACUUGAUGGAUGAAUAUCCUCAUAUGUACUGGACACCGUGUGCUGCUCAUUGUCUCAAUCUCAUACUUAAGGAUAUCGGAAAACUACCAUUCGUGAAGAUGACCUUGAGUCGUGCUAUGGAGUUGACGGGUUUCAUUUAUUCACAUGGUUGGAUUUUGAGGUUGAUGAGAGAUCAAAUCAAUGCUCGAGAGCUUCUUAGACCGGCGGCAACGCGGUUUGCCACUUCAUUUUUGACUUUAUCAAUCAUCCAUAAGCAGAAGAAUAAUCUAAGGAAGAUGUUUUGCUCCGAAAAGUGGGUGGAAAGCAAGUGGGCAAGAGAUCCAAAGGGUAAAUACUUGAUGGAUGAAUAUCCUCAUAUGUAUUGGACACCGUGUGCUGCUCAUUGUCUCAAUCUCAUGCUUAAGGAUAUCGGAAAACUACCGUUCGUGAAGAUGACCUUGAGUCGUGCUAUGGAGUUGACGGGUUUCAUUUAUUCACAUGGUUGGGUUUUGAGGUUGAUGAGAGAUCAAAUCAAUGCUCGAGAGCUUCUUAGACCGGCGGCAACGCGGUUUGCCACUUCAUUUUUGACUUUAUCAAGCAUCCAUAAGCAGAAGAAUAAUCUAAGGAAGAUGUUUUGCUCUGAAAAGUGGGUGGAAAGCAAGUGGGCAAGAGAUCCAAAGGGCAAAGCGGCGGAGAGGACAGUUAAAAUGACUAACUUUUGGAAUAAUGUUGUUCGUGUUCUCAAGCUCACGGGUCCUCUUGUUCGUGUUUUGAAGCUUGUUGAUAACGAGCGGAAGCCGACCAUGGGGUUUAUUUAUGAGGCUAUGGAUAGAGCUAAAGAGGCUAUUGCAAAAGCCUUUGGUGAUGAUGCAAGCAAAUAUUCAGAGGUAUUUAAGAUGAUUGAUAAGAGAUGGAAUGUUUAG